AUGGGCCAAAAAGCCUCCGUUCCCCAGCCGGGCGCACAAAUCCAAGUCAUUGGUGCCGGGCUACCACGUACAGGGACCUCAUCGUUCAGCCAAGCGCUAGAAACUCUCCUGAAUGGACCGGUGUACCACUGCGGCACACAAAUAUCGAUAGGCCCACCAACUGAGAUUAAAAGCUGGAUGCCAAUUCUGCAGAACUGGCUCAGAAAGGAUGACCGCACAAGCCGGGCAAAGAUGCUCACCCUCCUGCACCGCCGAUUGACCGGCUACGUCGCCAUCACCGACUCCCCAGGCUCUGAGCUCGUCCUGGAACUCAUGGAGCUGUACCCAGACGCCAAGGUCAUCUGCACCACACGAGAUCCUGUAUCAUGGGAGAAGAGCAUGCUCCACGUGCAGAGUUUGACGGGCGUCUGGUUUGCGCGUGCUGUUCUGCUCCCGCUGGACGGGAUGAGACAUUUUAUCCCAUAUGGGUACCUGCUGGCGGCGCUUUGGGAGAGGCUCUAUGGUGGGGUUGCAGGUCAGCAUGGGAGGGAGACGUAUGCGAGGCAUGUUGCUUGGUUAAAGGAGUUUGUGCCCGAGGAUAGGUUGGUUUUCUUCGAUGUCAAGGAUGGGUGGGGUCCGCUGUGUGAGGCUCUGGGUGUCGAGGCUCCGGUCGAUGUGCCGUUUCCUCGUAUCAAUGACUCUGAGGCCAUUGAGAGGUCUGUAAAUUAUCAUUUACGUAGGGGCCUUAUGCGCUGGGCUUACAUUGUCGGCGUCAUUGGUGUUGGGGUGGCGGCUUUUCGCAUGUGGAGGUGA